AUGCCUUCCAUCGCUUCAUCCCCUUCCGAGGAAUACGAUUUCGCCGUUAGCCGGAAUCAAGGCCUGGGUCAGCUCUUCUAUGGCCAGGUGCGACGAAAUGCUACUGCAACUGCAGUUGUUGACGUGGGAAUCUCUCUCACAUAUGACCAAUUGCAUUUACAAGCCUCGUAUAUUGCUCAUCAACUGCUACAAGAAUCGUUCGCUUUCGAAGAGCCAGUGGGAAUAGUCGUUCAGCAUGGCGUCAACGAUAUAAUUGCCCAGUUAGCUAUCAUCUAUGCUGGCGGGAGCUGUGUCCCAAUGGAUCCAACGCUUCCAGACCAACAAAUACAGGGCCGGUUGCAACGACUGAACACCCAAUUUCUGCUGGUUGACCAAAGCAAUAAAGAUCGAGAUCUUCCCUUCCGCAAAUUUGCUCUCGAAGGUCUCGUGGCUGUGGCCAAGGACAAAUAUCCAGUUUCAACAGACCUAGAACAUCGCACACAUUUGAUUCAUACUUCUGGGACAACCAGCGAGCCGAAAGCAGUACAGAUCGCAGCUCGGUCAAUUUUACAGGUUGUCUUCCAUGCUCCUUUUGAGCCAGUGAGGGAAAAUGAUGUCGUUGCACACGUCAAUAAUAGCAGUUUCGAUGUCUCUCUUUUUGAUGUGUGGGCUCCUUUACUUCGUGGUGCUUCUAUUGCGGUUCUAAGCAAAACGGCUCUGCUGGAUCUUCCAGUUAUGGCAGAGCAUAUCGAUCGGCUUGGAAUUACCGUGAUGGCCACCACAACUGCCUUGUUGAAUCUUGCUGCUUCUACCUAUCCGCGUGCCUUCUCCAAGCUAUAUCUGCUUUAUUGGAGGUGA